AUGUUUCGUUCCAGCACUUUAUGCGCUCGGGAUUAUCAUCAGCCUGAAGAAGAAGCCAUUCUCACUUCUCUCUAUCAAUACGAUUCAACCCGUUUGAAUAAUAAUACAGCAUCCAACAGCGAUGCACAAACAGGUGGUGAGGAUAUUCCGCAAUACGAUGAUGAAAACGGAAAUUCAAGAAAUGAUCAUCGCCAAACGAAUGACCUCCAAAAUGUUCUCCCAAAGGAAUCAUCCUUUGAUCCAUCACUCGAAUGUGAAUAUAAACAAAUACGAUAUAAUUUCGGAAAAUAUUGUCACUUCACAUUAUAUGAAGCCUACAACAGAUUUUACUUGGUUGGAUGUGAUAGCUCAAAAACCAAAUAUAAAUUAUUAAAGAUUGACAAAAUACCGAGCACUACAACUGCCGAGUGCGAAAUUACGGAUUACUUUAAUGAAGAUGCGGGAGAAUAUACACUAAAUCAAAUUAAUGACUUGUUGAACAUGGUCAAAUUAGCCAUGAAAAGUAUUCAACAAGAUUUAAAAUUACACACGAACCAUAUUUAUGGAAUUUUAGGUUUUGUAGAAUUGAAAUUAAGUUACUAUAUGGUGAUCAUCACGGGAAGAGAAAAAGUUGGAACCAUUGGAAAUGCAAGCGUUUACGAAAUCAAGGAUACCAAAUUAAUUCACUUGGGUGUAAGCAAAACAGUACUCAAGCAAGAUUAUCUCAUUGAAGAAAAGUACAAAGAAUUGUUCAAUGGUAUUAAUUUACAUCAAGAUUUUUACUUUAGUUAUCAUUACGAUCUUUCCAAAACACUACAACAAAACUCUAAAGCUGUAGUGGUUGGAAUUGAGGAAGAAGUGAACUCUACUUUUCACAGCGACAUGUUUGUUUGGAAUACACACUUAAUGGAACCUCUGAAGCGUGCAAAUCUUGUUAAAUGGAUGUGUCCUUGUAUUCAUGGCCACUUUAUUCAAUCCAAAAUUUCCAUGUCCCUAACAGAUUAUGAAAAACGAUACAAUACAUCUCCAAAGAAUCAUCGAACUCCAACAUUUAGAAAUAGCCCAGCAAAAGGCAAUUCCUCACAUGAUGAUUUAAAAUCCACUCCUCGAACUGGAAAUAGCAACAUCUCCAUUGUACUCACAGUCAUUGCAAGAAGAAGUCGAUUUUAUGCAGGAACAAGAUAUUUGAAAAGAGGUAUUAGUGAUUCAGGUCAUGUUGCUAAUCAUGUUGAAAUUGAACAAAUGGUCUAUGAGAGUAAUCAUCAUUUAUUUAAACAUCAAUCGCAAGGAGCGUUUAGCAGUUUUGUUCAGGUACGAGGAAGUAUUCCCUUACAUUGGUCUCAAUCGACAGCCACCACAACGACCAUGACUACUAUGACUACCAUUGUAGAUGAAAAUGAUCAAAAGAAUACCACCACAACAACAACAAAAGCUUCUACAUCCAACUUGUUAUCAAAACCGAAUAUCAUUAUUACCAAGUUUGAUCCUCUCUAUGAAACCACUUUAAAACACUUUAAUAUUUUGAUGGAGAGACAUGAAGGAAUUCCAAUCAUGUGUUUAGAUCUUGUCAAAAUGAAGGAAAAGAAACCUCGUGAAAUGAUUCUCGGUGAAAAAUUCAAAAACUCGAUUGAAUAUCUCAAUAAGAAUAUUUAUGGCAAAUUAUAUAGAUCCAACCAUCAACGACAAAAUUCUAGAAAUGAAUCACCUAUUGAAUACAUUCCAUUUGAUUUUAGAACUGCAAUUAAGGAUAAACCAGAGAAGGCUCUUAAUGAGCUUCAUGCCAUCGCUGAAAAUCACGUUCGAAAAUGUAAAUUCUUUGUAACAUCGAGAUAUGGCAAAGUCAUUCAAAAGCAGCAAGGAAUAUUGAGAACCAACUGUAUUGAUUGUUUAGAUAGAACUGGUGUAGCCCAAUAUAUUAUUGCAAAAUAUGUACUUGGAGAGCAACUCUGUGCAUUAGGCAUAAUUGAAUCUCCACAUUUAGUGCAUCAUGGUCAACUUAUUUUAAUUCUGCUGCAAAUGUAUGAACAAGUAAGCGAUCACAUUGCCAUUCAAUACAGUGGUAGUAAAACUGUGAGUGUAGAUAUUCACAACAGAGGAGGUGUAUUGGCUGAUCUCAUGACCAACAUGAAAAGAUACUAUAGUAGUAAUUUCAAAGAUGAAUGGAAACAACAUGCCAUUAACAUUUUUCUUGGUAACUUUAAACCAAGUUUUCACAUUCGACUUUUCGGAGUUCAUUUGUGGGAUUUAGAAAGUGGUGAUAUUUAUCUUCACAAUGAAAAUGAAACAAGAUCAAUCUUGAUGGAUCUGGAGGAAGAAGAAGAGGACACACAAAAUACAUAUUUUGAUGAAACGUAUAAUCCAAGACAAGUCACAAAUUUGUUGGACGACGAAAAUCUUGAUCAACUCUCUCUCACCAUUAAUUCUGAAGUGGAAGAAGAUAUACCUGAUAAGAGAGUUCAAUCUGAAGAGUCCAAAAAUCUCUCUCCAAAUCUCAAUAAGAACGGUUCUCACGAGAAAGAUUUGGUAAAAUUAUCCUCCUCACCAAAUCAAACACCAGAACAAGCUGCAAGUUUAUUCAAAACAAUUAUGAAUUCCAUGAAAUUAACCCCGUCGACUGACACCAAAUUUCAAACAUUAACAGUUCUUCCUCAAGGUGAAAUAUUGAGGUCUCUUGAAGGUAGAAUGAGCAAUGAACAUACAAACAUGUCACAAGAAAUAUUGAGAGAUUUUUACAACAAGGAUGCCAACUCAAUCUACAAUAAUGUCACCAAUAUGAGAUACAUUGAAAGAAAUGUGAUUCAAAGCUAUGAUAUGGAUAUUUAUACCAACUACACAAGUGAGUUCAAUAAUGAAUUGAUUGAGGAACGUAAUAUGAGUACCAUAUCUAUGGGAAGAUCUCAUGAAUAUAACCAAUAUAUUUCACAGUACUUUAAAGAAAACAUAUUUGAGGACAAGAAUGACUUCAACUCACUUGCUGUUUCUCUUCAUAAUCAAACUCUUUAUGGUCAAUAUACCAAAUACCAACAUGAUAUUUCCUUUAUGAGUAGGAAGGAGGUGUCGAAAAUUAACACGUACAAACAACUAGUUUCAAAUGAAAAGAAAACCAAAAUCUCAACCAUAGAUGGCCCACUAUCAGAGCUCUCAUCAGUUUCACUUUUGUACAGAGAUGACGUACAUGUGCUAAAUAAGAUGAAGAAAUUCUUUCCUUUGGCUUGUGAAGUGAAUCAACUAGUCUCACACCUUCAUUAUGUGGUUUCAUAUUUGAAGAAUAAUUUGACCUUGUUGGAUCGAGUUCGAUAUCCCAAGCAAAAUGAUUAUUCCACUUCACUGUAUCAGCUACUGAAAGGAAAAAUUUAUCGAAAGUGUUUUGAAGCAAAAGAAGCUGUCGAUUUAUUACUUGCCUUUAAUGAGAAUUGUUCCAAUUCAGAUUUACAAAAACCAAUGAUUUUGAUACAUAUCGAAAGUAGAAAACAAGCAGUUGAAUUUUUUGAAACUCUAUUGGAAUGCAAUGUGAUCCAUCAUGUGAAUUAUGGAAUUUCUUUCAUGGAUGGAUAUUAUUUGUAUCGAUUCAGCAGUGAUAAUCCAGUUCGUGUUUUGAAUAUGAGUUUACCACUCAGUGAUGUCUUUCAUUAUAUAGACUCUAUUGAGACUAUUCGAACGAGAUGUGAGCCAAACCAAGUGCUUUACAAACUCAUGGAAUGUCUCAGGCAAAUGUAUCAAGAAAUGUUCCCCAAAUAUGACAAAUUCAAUUUCAGAUGUAACUCCUUCUUCAAGACCCUCGCCCAACACUCUCGAAAAAUUGUGUGCACUAAUCCAGUUUAUGUAACUCGAUUACUUCCAUUAUGUCAUGAAUUAUCACGAAUUGACUUAUCAUCCCUUAUUGAUGUGCACGAAGAGAAGAAUGAACGAUUAAGAUUCAAAACGUUCUUUUUGAAUCUCUUCUUGACGUUGUUCUAUCAUUCACUCUUAAUUAUGGGCUCAAGUAGCAAGUAUAGGAUUAUUGGUAAUAAUGCAACUUAUAUUUUCUACAAUAGAAUGGCCUACAAUGUGGAUGGAUUAAUUUUCUCACUUUCUGAUAUUCGAGAUGGAAUAUUGAGAGGUAAUAAGAGAUAUGCAAAUGGUAUUGUUACAGAUCCAGUUUCUAAUCCAAACAGCAAUCAACCACCUCCAGUUGGAUAUUGCAAUCGAAUUUUACUUUCACCAUUCCAGAUGGGAAAUUCUUACCAAGUGCUGAAUUACCAUCGAUCAUCGUCAACUGAGUCGGAGAGUCAUGAAAGUGUUGGUCAUGAUAUCACAAGCAGUUCAGUCAACUCCUCUCAUGAAGCAGCAUUUGACAGAAGAUCACGUUUCCUUUCAUUCUAUGCCAAUUAUGUCGAUCUUAGACUGUUGUUUGUUAUUCAUCGCUAUGCUGAAUUAUUAUGGAAUGAAAAGUCUCAAAUAUCCAUUCUCCCAAAUUCACAACAAUUGAAAAACAUGAGAAUGAGAAAUUGUUGUACUCUACUUCCCUACAUAACACCCGAAAAUUUUGAAUCCUUUCUGAGAAAGGAAACUGAACUCUUCCUAUUACAACAUAUCAAAAUUAUGAGCGAUUUCAAUACGACAUCUUCACAAGCAUCCAAUCUCAUCAUUCUUCCUAGGAUAUUUAGAACCUAUCGAGAGAGUUUUGGUUACACACUUCAAGAUAUUUCCCGUAAUUUAAUAGAAAAGUGCAUGAAUUAUCAAUCCGAGAAUGAGCCACAUUCCAAAGCAUUCAACAUGUUAAGGGAACAAUUAAGGCAUGUUCACAAAAACUCUCACAUCUACACUGUGAAAGAAGAAGAAAUUUAG